AUGGUGCCGCUCUCCCACUCCCGCUCGCGUCGGACGACUCCCAAGCGCCUCCUCGUGGCGUCAACCGUACUCGCUGUGUGCGCAUCUGCCGUGGCGCUCACCGUCUCCGUCCCGCUCGCCGCGCCCGCCUCCGCCUCCGCACUCGCGCCCACGCUCGUCUCCUUCUCGAUCGAGCAAGACCGGUGGCCAGGCUGGACGGGCACGACCGCGCGGAACGCCUUCACCUCCAACGCGCUCGCCAACUACGCCGCGCUCACCGGGCGCGCGCCGACCGUGCGCGUCGGCGCGGACUCGGAGGACCGCACGACGUUCGCCGCGUCCGAGGUGCUCGUCUCCGCGUCCUUCCCCGCCCCCGACGCGGUCACGCCCUUCCCAGAGGCGUCGCGGGUGACGGUCGGGGCCGCGUACUACGCCCUCGCGCGCUUCCUCCCGCCGGGCACUCACAUGGUCUGGGGCGUGAAUCUCGGGGCGAACGACCCGGGGAACGCGGUGAGCAUGGCGAAGGCGAUCGUGGCGGCGUUCGAAGACCCGGAUGUGCGCGCGGCGGGGAUUGUGCUGGACAGGCUGGAGGUCGGGAACGAGCCAGACCUGUACACGACGAACAGGCUGAGGGCAUCGGGGUGGGGCGUGGACGACUACAUGCGCGACUGGGAGGCGAGCGCGGGAGCGGUGGCGCAGGCCGUCGGGCUUGGAAGCAGGGGCGGCCCAGUGACGUUCCAAGGCGCGGCGUUUGCGGGGCAGGGCUCGUUUUCUCCGAAAACGAUAUUCGAUUUGGGGAUCUUGAGGAGCAGUCCGGGGAAGGCGAUCUCGACAAUAUCGCAGCACCACUACUCUGCGUUCUUUUGCAGUGGAGGUAGCUUCUCGUUGGAGAGCUUCAUGAGCAAGGUGUCCAUUCGGUCCAACUUGUCGACAUUCAGCGCAGACAUUGCGGCAACACGCGCGCAAGGGCUGGAUUACAUUCUUGGAGAGACGAAUAGCGUCGCUUGCCACGGCGCUCCUGGCGUGAGUAACACCGCGGGCGCCGCGCUCUGGGCCAUCGACUACAUGCUCCAGGCUGCAACUCUCGGCAUCAAGGAGACGUAUUUCCACCACGGCGUCGGAUACAAGUACAACUUCUUUCAGCCCAUCGCGCUGAACCGGUCCACCACCACCGGAAAACCGCUCUCCACCCCCCAGCCCCCGCACAUACUCCCCGCCUACUACGCCGGCCUCGUCGUCAACACCCUCAUCGGCCGCACCGGCGUCGCGCGGGUGUCCGAGCUCCCCGUCGCCGACGACGCUCUUUCCGCCUACGCCGCGUUCGAGAACGGAAAGCUCGCGCGCCUCGCCAUCGUCGACCUCUCGCCGUGGCUCAAGUCGAGCACCGGCGCGCGUCCCACCCGACGCGUCGCGCUCGACUUCGCCGCCGGGGGGCUCGGGAACCGGACGCUCGUCGCGCGCAGGCUGGUGGCCCCGCACGCGGACGACACCGCGGGGCUCACGUGGGCGGGGCGGAGCUUCGAGACCGCGGAUGCGCUGCCGGUGGGACAGGAGACGACGGAGGUGGUGGACCCGGCGCGGGGCGUGAGCGUGCGGGCGAGUGAGGCGGUCGUCGUCGAGCUCGUCGCGGCGAACGCGGGUGGGGGCGCGAGCGCGACGUCUGCGGUGAGCUCGAGCGCGACGGCUGGCCCGGAUGAAGCGACGGCGACGGUGGACUCGACCAUGGGGGCGAGUGUGGGCGGAGCGGAGGCGAGUGCGAGCAUGGCUCGCGAGAUCCAGAGGCUCCCGUUCAACCUUCUGGUGAAAGUGAUGGCUUUCGCAGAUGACAAAACAGUUUCCUGUCUCAUGAAGACCAGCAAACGUCUCCACCACUGUGGCGCUCGGUUCCUCCUGGACUACAGCCUCAUCUCUCUCAGCAUGGACGAGGAUCUUCGUUCACUCAUGACCUUCCUCUGCGUCCACGGCGGAUAUCGCCUCAGCUACCUCGAAGGGCUAGACCUCGACAUACCAUCGUUGAAGCCAGACUCUGCCAAGCUGCUCGAGAGGUUAUUGGGCGAGUUCACAUCCCAGACCCGCCUCAAGACGCUGCAUAUUCUUGAUGUCGAGAGUUUGCUGGCCACUCGUCCGAGCCUCGCCCAUCGGUUCGCUGCGUUGUCGACCAUCAAGCACAUCCGUUUCGGAGAAGUUGGCCGUCUGGGCUCGCAGAUGCUACACAAGUUCCGGUCGCAGCUCGUGACGGUUGACAUUGCCUGGAAGUCUGUUCAAGACUGUGCCAAUGACAGCGCAGAAGAAGACUCCAGGAACCCAAUCCUUGUGCUGAAGAACUCGCAGUCAACGCUCACUUCUCUCGUUGCACACAACGCGUUCGUACUUGUCGACGACUCGACGCGGCCCUUCCAUGAUGAAGUCUAUCCGCACGUCACCCGGCUUGUCCUCGCGGACAUCGAUACCUCGCAGAUCCUCCCCCUCGUCCGCGCGUUCCCGAACCUCACCCACCUCGACUUCAACAUCCGGGCAGACGUGAUGCGCGACCUGUACGACGACCCUGAGCGCUCGUUCACUCAGCAUUGCAUCUUUAACACGAGCGAUCAAGACGCCCACGGCUCGUGGAACUCGCUCGUGCACUGUGGCGCGCCCCUCAUCGACCUGUAUACCCUCGCGCCACGCUGUCCGACUCGCGCCUUGCACGUCAACGGACCCGCAGUGCACGCGGAGCUUCUGUCCGCGGUCCUAGCGCUCACGCGGCCGGUGCAGCUGGUGCUGGAGGAGGUCGAUGGGACAAUGCUCGCGCAGGCGCUCCCGUGGUUGGCUCCCGGCUGCGUCGAGAAGAUCGAGUGUCUAGAGGCGGUCAUCGUGGUGCACGGGUCGUCAGCUCUCGGACGCAGAGUCGACGCGUCUGUGAUGGUGGAGACCUUCGUCAAACACCUUUCGGUGUGGACCUCGAUCACCGCGUUGGCGCUCACCAUUGUCUGCGUGUCCUUGCCCGCGCCGCUCCCGGCGGUCGACGCCGACCUCUCCGCGGCGGAGGCAUACCUCGGCGCGCUGGACCCCGACACGCUGGGUCGUCGCUUCCAGGCCAGCGCGCCGUCCCUCCGCACAGUCCUACUCAAGCUCGAGGGGCUGCGCGAGCGCAAGUCCGCGCGCGCUUCUCUCGGUGGGCCACCUUGCGCGGACUUCGACCUUAUGCAGUCGAUGGCAGAGGAUGUGGAUGGCGGCGACGGGGACUCAGGAGAGGCUUAG